GUAUGGUUUUUUGAGCUCUUUGUUCCACCAAAAGGUCCUAUUGAGAAAUUUCCAUGAAUAUUGUAUUGGAUGAAUAUAAGUGUUGGAGACAAGUUUGUAAAACGGUGUAUGGAGACAGGUUUGGUUGUUGACGAUGUUUAUGGUGGUCCUUCAACGAAGGAUAAGGAGGAAUACAGACCAACACCUAAAAGAAAGGAUGCUAAACCAAGAGGAAAGAAGAAACAAAAAAGAAUUCGAAGAGAAACUUUUAUGCGUGCGUUAGAGGAACAAGAAUUUCUAAUUGAAGAACUUAAAAGGAGGGUUGCAACUUUGGAGGCACAAUUGGCUGAAGAGAAGGCAAGAAGGCAAAAUAAAGAUGAUGUUGGACAAAGUGUGCCUCGUACAGAACCAUCCGUGAACACUGGUUUUGUUUCCCCUACUGACAUUGUCGGAAAUGAACAACCUUUGAAGACGUAUGUUAGGGUUGGAUCACGAAGGCGUUACAAGGGAAGAGCAUUUAGGACUCCAUACACCAGAACCAUAGUGCUUAGAAUAAAAAAUGAGUGAUAUGUGUAUUUAGUUGAUGGAAAAUGUUAUUUGGAAAGUAAUGAUAAUUGUAAGCAUUGUAAAUAGAUUAAGAAAACAAUGUUUAAUG